UCGUGCAAAUCGUCAGAUAGCCAACAUGACGCUCAAACUAUAUAAAAAAGACCCGAGUCCGCCCGUGAGAGCUGUUCUCAUGUUAGCUGAACUCCUCAAACUAGAGCUAGAACUAUAUGACAUGGACAUGGUCAACUGUGAACAUUUGACACCAGAAUACAUGGAAAAAAAUCCUCUACACUCCGUCCCUUUACUAGAAGAAGAUGACUUCUGUUUAGCUGACAGCCACGCGAUACUAACGUACCUAGUUUCGAAAUACGGUGGGGAGCAGCAAGCGACAUUGUACCCUAGUGACUUAAGAUUAAGAGCGACUAUAGAUCAGCGACUGCAUUUUGAUACUUCGAUUUUGUUCCCAGCCAUCAAGUCUAUAGUGAAGGUGCUAAUAUGCCAUGACACGGCCAGUGCUUCAGAUGAGAUAUUAGUUCAUGCUGCAUAUGAUACCAUGGACAGGUACCUACAGAAGAGCAAGUUUGUCGCAGGAGAUAAUCUCACAGUCGCUGACGUGUCUUGCAUAGCCAGUAUUUCGACCUUAGAGUUCAUGGUGCCUAUUCAUGAGAAAUAUGCCAAGUUAAGAGAAUGGUUUGAAAUGCUGAAAGAAGAAGAGUGGUACAAAAAAGGCAAUGAGGCUGGAUUAUUUCAGGUUAAUAUAUUUUUGAAGAAAAAGAAAGAUUUGACCGGAGAAGAAAAGUGUAUGAAAGACAGUGAUGAUGAGUGAGUAGCUUUAAAUUUUAUAUAACUGUAU